AUGACUUUCUUUCCCAAGUCUCUACGAAAACGGAACUGGUUUGUUGCCAUUCUUGCCACUUUCAUCAUCGCCGUCAUCAUUGCUAUCGCUGUUCCUUUGGCUAUCCUCAUCCCCAAUCGAGGAAAUGGCGGCCAACGUUCGAGCGUCCUGUUGCCUCUGUACAUCUACCCCGAGACAAGUGAUACAUGGAGUCCGUUGUUCGAUGCGGUGGAAGCUCGUCCUGAGCUGAAGUUCAUUGUCAUCGUCAACCCAGGCAGCGGCCCUGGCUUAUUAGCAUACCCCAACGAUCAAUACUCGGCCUCCAUCGCAAAGCUCAACUCAUAUGCGAAUGUACAAACUGUCGGAUAUGUCCGAACCGGUUAUGCCAGCCAGAAUAUCAGCAGCGUUGUGAAUGAGGUAUCUACCUACGCGGGAUGGUCCUCCAAUUCAAGCACCCUGGCUAUGCACGGAAUCUUCUUUGAUGAAGCUCCGCAUCAAUACUCAGCCGAGGCGGUAGAGUAUAUGCAGGUCGUUAAUCUGGCGGUCAAGAAGACCGUCGGGCUGCAAGGCGACAAGACGAUUAUCCACAACCCUGGCACAGUCCCCGAUAACAGGUUCAAUGACCCCAACACCGAUAUCACGGUUGUGUUCGAGGAGUCGUACACGGCCUACUCGACCAAGCUCAGCAGCCUCGCCGCCCUCGGUGGAUCGAGGUCGCAGUACUGCUACAUGGUCCACUCGGCGCCUACCACCGGACUGAAGCGAUUCGUUCACAAGAUGAGCGAGCGCGCGGAGUAUCUAUUUGUGACCGAUAACACCCAGGAUUACUACGAGAGCUUUGGGGCUGACUUCUCCCACUUUGCGGAUGUGGUUCCAAGUUAG